AUGGCUUUUCCCCGCCGCAGGGCCGUGAAACCCAAGACCCUGACCUGCCUUCUAGUGGGUUGGAGUUUCUUGGGCCUGCAUCUGUGGUUCCUCGAAGCCAAGUCCCAGCAGGAGAGGAUGUCGGAUGGCUCCCCGCAGAUUGCCCGUGUGGCCCCUGUUGCCGCGCCGCCGUCCAGCCCAGGGCCUCAGUGCUUGGCCAACGCCUCGGCGAACGCCACGGCCAACUUCGAGCGGCUGGCCACGUGCAUCCAAGACUUCCUGCGGUACCUCCACUGCCGCCACUUCUCGCUGCUCUGGGAUGCGCCGGCCAAGUGUGCGGGCAGCCGCGGGACCUUCCUGCUGCUGGCCGUGAAGUCGUCGCCUGCCAACUGCGGGCGUCACAAGCUCAUCCGCCGCAUGUGGGAGGAGCGCAGCUACGGCGGGCGGACGGGGUGCCGCCUCUUCCGGCUGGGCGCCGCCGCUCCCGAGGACGCCGAGCGCGCCGUGGUGGCGCUGGAGGCGCGCGAUCACGGCGGCGUGCUGCAGGAGGCCUCCGCGGACACCUUCCUCAACCUCACGCUCAAGCACGUGCACCUGAUCCACUGGCUGGAGGCCCGCUGCCUGCACGCGCGCUUCCUGCUCAGCGGCGGCGACGACGUCUUAGCGCACACAGCCAACGUGCUCCGCUUCCUGUAGGCGCAGCUGCCCGACCGCUACCUCCUCGCCGGGCAGCUCAUGAGCGGCUCCGUGCCCAUCCACGACAGCGGGAGCGAGUACUUCGUGCCUCCGCAGCUCUUUCCCGGACCCGCCUACCCGGUGUACUGCAGCGACGGCGACUUCCGCCUGUCCGGCCGCACGAUCCAGGCCCUGCGCCAAGCCGCCUGCCACACCCCGCUCUUCCCUAUCGACGACGCCUACGUGGGCAUGUGUCUGGAGCGCGCCGGCUUGGCGCGUGGCCACGAGGGCAUCCGGCCUUUCGGCGUGCAGCUGCCCGGCGCCCGGCAGCCCUCCUUCGACCCCUGCAUGUACCGUGAGCUGCUGUUCGUGCACCGCUUCGCCCCCUACGAGAUGCUGCUCACGUGGAAGGUGCUGCGCGACCCCGGGCUGAGCUGUGGCGGGGGGCACAGGGUCUCCUGA